UCCCCUGGAGUCUCAUACAGUGCCACAAGGGCUAAAGGAAACACAGCCCUGCACAUCUUGCCCUCCAAGGGGAAGGGGAAAAUGCAGAGGAGGAUGGAGACAGCCAGCUACCUACACAGUCAGCAGGCUGCUGUGUAAGUCACUGGCCACGCCACCCCCCCCCCCCCAUAGCUCCUGCCUGCCCGGGGCACUGAAGGAGAGCGCUUGCAGGAGCUGGGUCAGGAGGGGGAGGCUCCAGGACCUGCAAGAGGAGGUGGAGGCUGUGAUGGAUUUACCCAGUUGUGUAGGCAAAGGGAUUUCAAAGCGUGGAGCAGCAGACAGGUUGGCUUGCUGCAACUGGGGGAAGGGAGGUCAUGAGGAAAGUAAGUAGGAGUGAAGCUGUGAAGGGUCACGGGUCUGCCAGGAUCUUCCUUCUGCGGGAAGGGAGCGUGAAGGAGUAACUGUGGGGAGGACAGGCCAAGCCAGGCAUUUCCUCAGUCAGCCUUACACCAGGGAGGCCCAGUCUGCAAGCGCGGCACCAGGGCGAGGGGAGGUCGUGCCGGCUCAUCUGUGCUGGCUCCAGGAGCCUGCGCAGCCCAGCGCAGUUGGCAGCACAGGGAAAUGCUGCUCCUAUGGGAGGCAGCGCUGUCAGGCCACCCCAACCCAGGAGCUGGGUGGCUGCUGCAGAGGAGGGGGUGGUGGAGGACUCCCUGCUAACCUUUGUCCCCUCCACCUGAGGGGACAGCCAGAGCUGGCUUUGCAAGUGCAGCGCUCACACGCUGUCCUGGAUCUCCUGCAGGAUCUUCACGCGCUGCUCCACGAGCUCUGGGCCAUUCACAAGCUCCCUGGGACCAGCUCUGAGCACGUGGCUCUCCGGGCACGUCGCUUGCAGGCAGCCUACUUCUAGGAAUGUUCUCAGAGGUGAAGUUCCCUGUGCCUUGGGGCCACGUGGCAGCCAAGGCCUGGGGUCCCCCGCAAGGGCACCCCGUGCUGUGCUUGCAUGGCUGGCUUGACAAUGCCAACACCUUCGACAGGCUCAUCCCACUGCUGCCCACAGAUCACCGUUACGUGGCGAUGGAUUUUUCUGGCCACGGCCUGUCGUCCCAUCGACCUGCAGGCUUGCCCUACCACUUUCUGGAUUACGUGAGUGAGGUGUGCCGGGUGGCAGGAGCCUUGCAGUGGAGACGGUUCACCUUGAUGGGUCACAGUAUGGGUGGCUCUGUGGCAGGAAUGUUCUGCUUCCUUUAUCCUGAGAUGGUGGAUAAGCUGAUUCUGCUGGAAAAUGUUGGCUUUCUGCCAGCUCCAGAGGAAACUGAGGAGUGGCUGAAAUCAAAACGGAUGGUGAUUGACACAUUACUGAGUCUAGAGGCGAAGCAGCAACCUCCCAAAGCACGUAACCCCGAAGCAGCAUUGCAGAGGCUCUUAGAAGUAAACGGACAUCUGACAGCAGAGAGUGGGGCAAUCCUACUGCAGCGAGGAGCCACUGUGACGCCCGCUGGACUGGUGUAUAACAGAGACGUGAGAGUCCAUACGCAGAGUCAAGAGUCUCUCGCCAUGGAGCAGUAUGUGAAACUCCUGCAGAAGAUCCAGGCCCCCAUUCUCACCAUCAUAGCACAGGAUGGACUCCUGAGUCCACACAAGCAAUACAGAAGAAACAGCUUUGUGAAACUGCUAUGGGAGACAGCCACGUCUGUCCUGAAAGAGCACAGCCAGCUAGUAGAGGUGCCUGGGAGCCAUUUUGUACAUCUGAAUGAGCCCGAGGUGGUGUCUGGGAUCAUCAGCAACUUCCUGACAGAACAGGACACCACAGCCAGGCUCUAGACAGGGUCUCUGUAGCAGCAGUCCAGGAGGACAGGGAGCUAAGGAGCAGGCUCUGGAGCAACUCACAGCAUUCCUGCCUCUUGUUCAACAUCAAUUUCAUGAUCAUCUUUCCUAAACUUAGCUUACUGCAGUGGUGGAAGCAGGUCCACUGUGGUUCCCUGGAGGAGAGCUGAGCAAAGUGUCUCAGUUGUCAAAGGGAGAAAUAAUCCUCCUUCCUUUCCAGCUCUAGGAGCGCAGGGAUAGCCCCCAGGAACCCUCAUGCAGAAGGAAGUAGCCUUCCACUUGCUCCUUCCUAACUUCUGCAUCCUGGAAUGGAGCAGGAAUACAGACACAGGCAUUCUUUGUGGAAGCAACAGUGACAAAAGUUGUAGUAUUGCAAGAGAUACAUGGCUCCUUCUCACCUCCUCUCUGAGGAUGGUGCAGCCAAUCUCCUCUCAGGGUCAGAUCCAUUGAAAAAACAGUGAGGUGUUCUGCUUCUCUGCAUGGGUGCCUGAGCUCAGAGGGCCUCAGCAUCUAAGUUCUACUGGCAGAGCUGCUGCCUUUUUUAAACCAGCUUAAAUGAGAAGUCACUUGGGCAUGGAAGGCCAUUUCGAAGAACUCCUAGGGUAUGAGUCAUUAAUCCUCCAGCCAAAGCAGCUGGGAGGACUAUUAGCAAUGGGAAAAUUGGUAGAGAUGAUUUCUGUUCCUCUAAAUAAAGAUUGAUUUCUCAGUGCUAA